AAUUUGAACAUUGAUCCAUGUUUUAGCGGGUUAUUUUCCAGUUUUUGUAUGUUCUUUAUGUUCCAUCGGCUAAUCAUUUGUUGCGUUGUCGUUUAUUUUUGUCCACUAUUGAAGGAAGUAGUCUCUCAUCAAGCACUUGACUAACGUCCAUACUUGAUGAUGGAGACCGACAGUUCAAUUGAUAUAAGCCGUUUACUACGCGAUGAAGAUGAAGAAAAUAUUAGUGAUGAUGAAGAAUUUACCGCACCCAUCGUUUUGAAUCUUAUAGAAAAUGCUUGGCUCAAUGAAAAACUAUCAGCAGAAAUACUUCCUCACAAAUCAAUCUAUGUAGAUGCCAUGUACCAACAGAUCCUUACGAUGGAAGACAAUAUUUCGAAGCUACCAUCUGAUGAUAUUCGAAUUGAUAUUUACCAACUAGAGCUUGAUAGGAUACGUUACAUAAUAACUAGUUAUUUAAGAAUUAGGUUAGAAAAAAUUGAACGCUUUACAAAACAAAUAUUACAACAAGAAGCUCAACGUAGUGUUGAUGAUCAGUAUUUAUCAUUUCAUGAGCUUCAGUACGCUAAAAGUUUCCAAGAGCUGAAUGAGAAGCAUUUGAAUCUUGUUUUGAAGAAAAUGCCUGCCAAUGUGGCUUCUCUGAGUCACUCUCAAACGCUCAUUAGGCCUAAUUUAGAACAUUUUGUUUUCAUACGAUCCAGGGUUUCGCAAGAUGGAUUAUUUAUUCCUGACAUAGCUGGAAACGAGGAAAGGGAGGUAAAGUUAACUGAGAACUCCCAGUUCAUCCUACCUUACAAUUCUGUCAGUGAACUUGUUAAAAAUAACUCGGUCCAGUUGAUUUAGUGAAACUCAUCGUAGUAUCAUAAAGUGUCCCGUCACUUGUUUCAUUUACCUGUUUUCUCAAUUUUGGAAUGUUGCUGGAUUUGCACCAAGUAUUGUUUUGAUACCUGCUUUAGGAUUGCAACUAAAAUGCAGUCAAUUUAGUUAUAUACUUGAUCAGAUCUUGGUUUUACAGUAAAUUCAGUUUUUUUAAUCCAUUUUUCUGUUAAAAUUAUUUAUUUUCUAAAAUGCCUCUUGCACUGUUCAUUAUUUCAUAUGAAUUGUGCAGAGAAGAGCAUAUUUUGUCAGUUUACUUUCCCCAGAUAUUAAGAAUGCAGUGAAGAUAAAACUCAUCACAAAACCAUAAAAUCCUGCGAAUGUUAUGACAAAAGUUCCAAAUGUGAGUGAAAGAUCAGUGCAACAAAUCAACUAUGUACUUGUCAGUGUUUUUAUACAUCCAACUCUUGGUGUUAUUUCAACAUUUAUUUUUUAUGUUGAUUCUAUGGCUGCAGGAAGGUUUACCUUAAUUGAGGGGUUUGAAGGACAAGUGCUGUUUCUGAAAAAGUUGAUAUGUUAGCAAUUUCAAAUAAAAGUAAUCUUGAAAUCCAUUCUGUGAAAAAUUCAUUAGUAAAAUCCAAUUUUUAAGAAUCAAAA